GCGUUUGGCAUCUCAAACGAGCCUAACGUCUGCCUCAGCGAAAUCAGAAGUGAGUUAUUAUGUACUUGUUAAAUAAUCUUGUUUGAUUUUAUGGCUUGAUAUCACAUGGUUAUAUCGUUUUAAACGACGAUAUUUCGCUUUUAUUAACCGCAGUGCGCUAAUGAGAAUGUAUUGGAUGAAUUCUGAAGACGUCAACCAUUUUCCCCCUGCGAAAGGCAAUUAACAGGCUCAGCGUAAUCAAAAGUGAAUUUUAAAAUAAUAUUGGUUUGCUAAUUGAUAUGUCGUUCUAAACUAUGCUACAUCGCCGUUUUAAGCUGCAGUGCGCUAAUGAGCAUGUAAUUGGUGGAUUGUGAAGACGUGAGGAUUCAGGUUGCCUCAGCGAAAACAAAAGAAGAGGAGAGGGGGAGAGAGACAAAGAGCGGCAGCCCCUGUAGAGCCGAGGAGUAGAGGACAGGAGAGGAAGAGAGAGAGAGAGAGAGACAGACAGGAAAGCUACAUUAAUGGUGAACUCAAACAGUCGCCAGCCCAGCCAAGUCACAACACAAGAUAGCAUAAUGCCUUUUGACUGCAGUGAGAACACUCUGCUUAAAGCUGAUGAUCAAACAAAUGUUACACCAAGACAAUCUGAUCACAACAAGUAUGAGAUGGAGACUUCUGUAGUUCCAACAUGCUCCGCUGUAUGGCACACACAGUGUUUUAAAAGAGCACAGCAUUAUAAUGCAUCUGCAUCCAAUGAGGAGGAAAAUGAAGAGGAUGAAGUAUCAUCAGAAGAAGAUUUUGUUCAUUGUUCUGCAUCUGACACUGAAACAGAAAGUGAAUUGGACGAUCCAGUUAGUAGUCCAGGGAAACAGGAUUUGCUUACGGCAUAUGGAAAAGCUACCACAACAGACCCAAACAUUCCUAAUAGUAAUUUUGUUGCCAUGGAAAGCACUGAAUUGGAGCACGAAACCUCCAACGCAACACAAAACAUGGAACACAUAAUCAGUUUUUCAGCAUCAAAAAAUGAAUCGACCUCUCUGGCUAAAGGGGGGCAGAAUUAUUGCUUUGUUUGUGGGGAAGCUCAAUCCAAAAUAGCAAGACACUUUAAGGUUCAUGUUAAAGAAGAUGAUGAAAUAGCAGAGGCACUGAGUUUACCAGUAAGAUCUAGACAAAGGAAACAACUACUUGAGAUGCUGAGAAACAGAGGCAACUUCAACCACAACAACAACGUCUUGAAAAAAGGAGAAGGUUCGUUAAAAGUUAAAAGACGAGCUGUUCAAAAAUCUGAAUCGGUGCACAAAAAGUAUGAAUACUGUGUGUAUUGCAAGGGAAUGUUUGUGCGAAAAGACCUAUGGAGACACAUGAGAAGAUGCAAGUCUAAGCUAGUUAAGACAGAUAAACCCUCUGGCGGCAGACAUAGAGUUCUAUCUAUUGCAGCAGUGGCCAAGUCUGCCUUCUCUGCGAGAUUUGAGGAUGGGCUACUGAGAAUGAUAGGAUGCAUGAAUGAUGAUGAAAUUGGACGUGUAGUAAGAAAUGAUUUUGGACUACUUGAGUUUGCUCAGUCUCUUUAUACUCGGCAUGGGCAUGACAAAACCAAGCAUGAAUAUAUGCGUCAAAAGUUACGAGAACUUGGAAGGUUCUUAUUAACACUGCGUAACAAAAUUCCAUCAGCCACUCUGGAAGAUGCCAUAAAACCAGCAAAUUUUAUGAAUGUCAUCAAAGCAGUAAAAGAAACGGCAGGAUUUCAUACAGAUCAACAUUCUUUUCAAAGACCAAGCCUAGCUUUAAAAAUUGGACACUCUCUCUUAAAAAUUAGUGAAAUUCUUCACUGUCAUGCUCUUAUUGCUGAGGACACAGAAUUGACUAAAUGUGCCGAAGCUUUUCAGCAGCUGUACAAAGCAAAGUGGUCAGAAUACAUAUCCCACAGAGCAUUAUGCACCAUCAGUGAUGCAAAUAGUGUUGUCACGGUAACAAAAUUUCAGUAGUCUGUACCGAUAACCGUGAAAUUUUACAGAUUUCCAUCCCAUAGAAAACAUUUGCUAAUAUGAUAAUGUGCUAUUGAACACUCCUUUAGCCUGAAGUAAAAUUUUAAUGUAAAUAAUACAUCAAAAAAUAUGCAUGUUUCCUUCAAGUGUUUCAAAUACUUGUUUGUUUUUGAGCAGGGCCCUACUGAAAGUUUUAUUUUUUCCCCAAAUAAAUUUUAUUUAUUUUUUGUUUUUUAAUUAAAGUUUUAUUUCAUUAUCAAAAUGGUGUCUAAUCAAAAGUUUUUUUCUUAAACUUUUAAAAAUUAACAAACUUUUAUUCAGUACAAAAGCACUCUUGCUUGUGAUAUAUUGCUUAAUUUGUAUUAUUAUUACAAUAAUAAUUAUUGUAUUACAGUUAGGAUUACAUUUUACUAUACUGUUAUAAUAUUUUUCUGUUGCCAUUUCUUCAAUUUCAGGUGUUUAGCGUUUAUGAAUCGUGCUUUUAUUUUGACAGUUUGCUACAUGGGCCAGUGUAAUCAUUAAAGCGCAAAUGCUGUGAUUUUCUUUUUUUUUUUUUUUUUUUUUUUAUUGUAUACAAAUAACGCUUCAGAGUGGACUAGUGCUCUGCGCUAACAUCUCUCAUACAACGCAAAUGAUUCUCAUAGUCUGAAGUUUCCAUUUAAUGAGCAGUCUGCUUCACACAUUCAUUUAAACCCGUGCUGCUUAUACCAAGGUUAUUAUAGUUUUGCAUUUUCAAAUCAGUUUUUAUUUUAUAUUGUUUUCAAAUUUGCUAUAAAUUUCUGUUUAAUUUUAGUUAGUUUCAUUAAUGAUUAUUAGUUUUAGUUGUUUUUUUCUAAUCACAUUUCUAUUUAGUUUUUAUAUAUUUUACCUUUAGUAAUUAUAGUUUUGAGUUAACAGAACGCUUACAGAGUGUAGACCAAAGCAGGACAUUUGAAUUUAAGAUUGGCAAACUUACACAAUACACAUAAAGCAAAAUAAAACUGUUGAAUAUUUGCACAGUUUACUUAUACUUGUGCAUAAUAACAAUAACAUAAUGGUUAGAAAUUCAACAAAGUCACAAAGAACCAAACAAAAGUAUAAAAGUAAAAUGUAUGAACAUUUCAAAUGAACUCAAAUUUGUGUAAAAUAUGAAAUCUUGUUUAACUGUUGAUGCUCAUUGUACGGAUGGUGGGCACUCCGUCAUUUGUUUAUAUGUUUACAUUUACUACAUACAACAUAGUAAAUGUCUCGUAUGAUCUUGAAAUCCGUGGUCAUUGUUAAAUAUAGUAUGUUAUCCAUUCAACUACGAAGCCAGAAGCCACUGCAGUGUAUAAAUGAUCCAAAUAUGGUCAUGAAGAAAAAAGUCAGAGACCACAUGAACAGACUUCCUCAUUCGGAUCUAUACGUAUAAACUGUGUAAAGCAAAAAACUAAUGUUUAGUCUGUUGAAAGAUGUCUUGAAUAUAUAGAUGACUGCAAAAAUGUAUGUUUAGUCAAUAUAUUCCAAGCGAUUGCUGGUAUUUGUAUAGGUUUAUUGAACGGAUCUGCAUGUGGCACUGGACUCAAGAUGCAAAUUCUUGAAAUAUUAUGCUUACAGCUUCAUUCUAUGAAUGGAAUCAGUAAAAGAAGCUGUUAUAACAAUGAUAAUUGAAAGCAUGACAAUUGCAUUAGAUUGUGUCAUUUGUAAUGUUUACAUGGGCUAAUGCUAGCACCUUUGCUAUAGUAUUACAUCUGUUACCCCACUAAGCCAGCCUUCGCCAAAGUGGGACCUGAAAAUACUUACAGAUGAAAUUCCUCUGCCACAUGCUUCCGGUUUCUUUCGAGCUGCAGAUUUCAAUGGUGGAAAUAGGCAGCGCUGCCAUUUUAAUCAUCUUUUAAGCUUUUAUAGAAUGUAAUAAUGUCUGUUAAUGUAAUAAAAGUUAUUAUAAAGGAAUAUCUGGGUGGUUCUGCAACUACAGUUAUUUUUGACUCUCCCAAAUGUAAAAACGUUGCAUUAACGUUCAUUUUAUAAAUUUUUCUUUUUUAAUUUCUAUAAAAAUGUAAGACAUUUAAAUAGAUUUUUUCAAACUCUGCGCAUCUUUGUAAA